AUGGCAUUGGCAUUGCUUCCACCUUACCACUUCAAUCACCAUCUGCAGAACCCUCUGCCAUCGCCAGCCGUACUUCUGGCUUCAGCGGCUAUGGAUCAGACCAACAAAUUCAGGCCUUCACUACCUUCAAUCUCCAGUCUCAUCGAAGCAGUCACGGAGCAGUCUGAAAAAGGAAAUGCCUCCUCUCCAACAUUCGGUGACUCUCGAAGGAUUUCUGGAGGCUCACAUGGACAUGGAAUAAGCCCAGAAAGACCGAGACUAUCAGGAAGCCCCCGAAGUCUUCCUCCACCGACACCAGAAUUACCGCCGCCGUCAAGAUUCGACUUACCCCGACCCUCUCCCACCAACACUUCGCCCAGCUCAGCCGCCAACCGGAGCAAUUUUCAUCAAAGCUCGAAUCCUGAGUUUUAUGCUCAACGGCCAUCUGCUUGUCCUCCAGUGACUGAAUCAGCUACUACAUAUCCCUCGUCGGCUGAUUCGACCUCAUGGCCAUCUUCGCAUCUUCCAAGACUCGCAGCUGAAGUUGUGCAACCAGACCAGCCGCCGAGGCCCCAAGCAGCUGCCCCUUCAAUCGAGCCUCGUCCAGCAGAGGUUCCGGGAUACAAUGGGCUUUCUCAGCAACGACCUCUGCCAACCGACUUCCCUGGCCCCAUUCCCGGUAUCGGCAUGCCAACAAUGGACCAUUCGGCGGCGCCGGCGUGGCAGCUUCCUCGCUACUACCCCUCUAUUCACAACUCAUACCCUCACAACCACGAGCGCUACAUAUGUCCAACAUGCCACAAACCGUUCUCCAGGCCGAGCUCAUUGAAGAUUCACACUUACUCACACACGGGGGAAAAGCCUUAUCGUUGCAAAUACGACGGGUGUGGGAAAUAUUUCAGCGUCAGAAGUAACAUGAAACGGCACGAGAAAGGAUGCCAUGGAGGUGAACCUGCAGCAGCAAGAGCGUCCUCGGCGCGGGCAAGCUACUGA